AUGGCCGCAUCUGCUUCCACCAUUACUAUCGGAGCUUUCAAUAGACCAUUGUUUCUUGGAAAGUAUGGAAAACAAUCCAUUAUUUUGCAGUUAACGACGAAUGGAUGGGUGUCAAGCUGGAGGAGCGCGAGGAAGAAGAUUUGUUGCGAGAACGAUAGGGACAGAUGGAGGGGGCUGACGACCGACAUCUCCGACGAUCAGCAGGACAUCACGAGAGGGAAAGGGAUGGUCGAUACGCUCUUCCAAGCUCCACCGGGUGAGGGCACCCAUGACGCAGUCUUGAGCUCAUACGACUACCUCACUGCUGGCCUCCGACAAUAUCAAUUUGAUAAUUCUAUGAAUGGAUGCUACAUUGCUCCUGCAUUCAUGGACAAGCUACUAGUUCACAUCGCUAAAAACUUCAUCAAUCUGCCAAACAUCAAGGUGCCAUUGAUUUUGGGCAUUUGGGGAGGAAAGGGAGAAGGAAAAUCAUUCCAGUGUGAGUUGGUUUUCUCCAAAAUGGGAAUAAGUCCCAUUGUGAUGAGUGCGGGAGAACUGGAAAGCGGAAACGCAGGAGAGCCAGCCAAGUUGAUCAGACAGAGAUAUCGGGAGGCGGCGGACAGGAUCGCUAAAGGGAAAAUGUGCGUUUUGUUGAUCAACGAUUUAGACGCGGGUGCAGGAAGAUUCGGAGGGACGACGCAGUACACAGUGAACAAUCAAAUGGUGAACGCGACGCUGAUGAAUAUUGCUGACAAUCCCACCAGCGUUCAGCUCCCAGGAAUGUACAACAAACAGGAGAAUCCUCGAGUGCCAGUCAUUGUCACCGGUAACGACUUCUCAACCUUGUACGCUCCGCUCAUCCGUGAUGGCCGUAUGGAAAAGUUCUACUGGGCUCCCACCAGAGCUGACCGGAUUGGUGUCUGUUCCGGAAUCUUCAGUCUUGACAUACACGGUGUGGCCAAGCUCGUCGACACUUUCCCCGCCCAAUCUAUUGAUUUCUUUGGGGCUGUGAGGGCAAGAGUGUACGAUGAUCUAGUGCGUCAAUGGAUUGCCAGCGUAGGAGUGGAGACGAUGUCGAGCAAGCUUGUGAACUCAAGGGAGAAGCCACCUGAGUUUGAGUUGCCCGAAAUGAGUCUUGCAAUGCUGAUUGAGUACGGCAACAUGAUCGUUCGAGAGCAGGAAAAUGUGAAGAGAGUUAAAUUGUCUGAAAAGUAUUUGAAUGAGGCGGCACUCGGUGAUGCCAAUGAAGACGCUAUCAACAAUUACUAAAAUUUGCUUCAUCCCAUCAACCGGUAUUAAUAAUUACGUACUAGCUUAAUUAUUAUCACAAAUAAAACUACAAGGUUAAUUAUGCUAAAUAAUUU